UAACCAGGAGGGCUCUCCCCGCCCCCUCUCCCCGCACAGCUUGCUCUGCCCUCCGCCCCCUCCUCUCCGCCCACUCUCGCCGCGGUCUCCUGGCGGCGGAGGCUUUGUCUCGUGGGCUGGUCCCCCGGCGGCUGCCUCCCCCGAACAGCUGCCGCCAGAGGGAGGAAGCGGCGCGGGAGCUGUCCGGCACCCCCGGUGCUGAAACCCCGACCGCUCGUCAUCCACCACCACCACCAUGUAAGGGCCAUGAGAAGGGCUCGUCCUCGCGCAGCGCGGACAUGGAGGAGGACUUAUUCCAGCUCAGGCAGCUGCCGGUGGUGAAAUUUCGUCGCACGGGCGAGAGUGCAAGGUCAGAGGACGACGCGGCUUCGGGAGAGCAUGAGGUCCAGAUCGAAGGCGUCCGCACCGGCCUACAGGCGGUCGAACUAGACGAUGGGGCAGCUGUGCCCAAGGAGUUUGCCAAUCCCACCGACGAUACUUUCAUGGUGGAAGAUGCGGUGGAAGCCAUUGGGUUUGGAAAAUUCCAAUGGAAGCUGUCUGUGCUCACCGGCUUGGCUUGGAUGGCCGACGCCAUGGAAAUGAUGAUCCUGAGCAUCCUCGCGCCCCAGCUGCACUGCGAGUGGCGGCUCCCCAGCUGGCAGGUGGCCUUGCUGACCUCGGUGGUCUUUAUCGGCAUGAUGUCCAGCUCCACCCUCUGGGGAAACAUCUCAGACCAGUACGGCAGGAAAACAGGGCUGAAGAUCAGCGUGCUCUGGACUCUGUACUACGGGAUCCUCAGUGCUUUCGCGCCCGUGUACAGCUGGAUCCUGGUGCUCCGGGGCCUGGUGGGCUUCGGGAUCGGAGGGGUCCCCCAGUCGGUGACGCUGUAUGCCGAGUUCCUUCCCAUGAAAGCCAGAGCCAAGUGUAUUUUGCUGAUCGAGGUGUUCUGGGCCAUCGGCACCGUGUUCGAGUGGCUGCCGGAGAGUGCAAGGUAUGAUGUGCUGUCGGGGAACCAGGAAAAGGCCAUCGCCACCCUGAAGAGGAUCGCGACAGAAAAUGGAGCCCCCAUGCCACUGGGGAAACUCAUCAUUUCCAGACAGGAAGACCGAGGCAAAAUGAGGGACCUUUUCACGCCCCAUUUUAGAUGGACAACCUUGCUGCUGUGGUUUAUAUGGUUUUCCAAUGCGUUUUCUUACUACGGAUUAGUCCUGCUCACCACGGAGCUCUUCCAGGCAGGAGACGUCUGCAGCAUUUCCAGCAGUAAGAAGGCAGUAGAGGCCAAGUGCAGCCUGGCCUGCGAGUACCUGAGUGAGGAGGACUACAUGGACCUGCUGUGGACCACCCUGUCCGAGUUCCCAGGUGUCCUGGUGACUCUGUGGAUCAUUGACCGCCUGGGCCGCAAGAAGACCAUGGCGCUGUGCUUUGUCGUCUUCUCUCUGUGCAGCCUCCUGCUGUUUAUCUGUGUCGGCAGAACGAUGCUCACUCUGUUACUCUUCGUUGCAAGAGCGUUUAUUUCUGGAGGCUUCCAAGCGGCCUAUGUUUACACACCUGAGGUCUACCCCACGGCGACGCGAGCGCUGGGCCUGGGCACCUGCAGUGGCAUGGCAAGAGUGGGUGCUCUCAUCACUCCGUUCAUUGCUCAGGUGAUGUUGGAAUCCUCCGUGUACCUGUCUCUGGCGGUUUACAGUGGCUGCUGCCUCCUGGCUGCAUUGGCCUCCUGCUUUUUGCCCAUCGAGACCAAAGGCCGCGGGCUGCAGGAAUCCAGCCACCGGGAGUGGGGCCAGGAGAUGGUGGGCCGAGGGACGCACGGCUCAGGCGUCGCCAGGUCGAACUCGGGCUCUCAGGAAUAGUGACCUCUGGGGGGCUGAGCUGGUCUUUGAGGCCGUGGAGCGCGGGGAGCUGGUGGAGCCCGUCUGGGGCACCGACCGUCACUGCCGACACCAAGAACUCACCCAAGAGCACAACCUGGACCCCGGUGGCUCCUGUUCAUUGAGACCCACCCACGGAUGGGGAGGCAUUUGCUCCGGGGGGAGGUUCUGGAUGUGUGGGGGGAGGCUUGUUAAUCACCUGUGGAUCUGCAUGGGAAAACUGCCACACCGGUGACCCUGGUAGCCAGCCAGACACCAUCCAGAGUUAGCCGGCCACACCCGUGCUGAGCAACAACCCAAAGGUCUCCAUAGACACAGUCCAGGCCCAGGCACCAACCAGACCUGGUCAGUAGGUUUCUCCUACACCCCAGGCCCCCGGCUUUCUUCUUUGAAAUCGCAGGUGACUCGGAUGUGGCCUGCGCAGCUUUUUCUUGGGUUGGAGAAACGCUCCCUCGGAAAGGGGCCUCUCGGUUUGCCUCCCCAGGCAGGGCCUGACUCUGGCCGAUGGACGUGCAUUUGACCUUGAGCCACGUACCCCACCUGGCCCCCUCGGGAGUUGCUGCCCCUGGUUCCAGGGGAUCCCAAUGUGUCCAUGGGGACAGCUGGGCUUGCACCAGACGACAAUCCCAGAAAGCUGUUACCCUAGGCACUGGGGACUGGGCCCACAGGGAGGCGAGAACCAAGCCCAAAGCCAAAACAGGGCCCUCCCGUUCGGAAGCAGCGGAGGCCCCGUCGGGGCUUCUAUUCCGGCCCCUUCCUCGGUCAGGCGGAUUGGGGACUCUUGGGGGAAGAGGACAGUUCACUCAGGUCUCAGCACUUUGGACUUGGAGCUUGGGUGGGCGGAGAAAAACAAAUGAUGCUACACCAACCGCCCCCUCCCCUUGGGGCCCAGGGGCCAGGAGUCCUUCCCCCUGGUUUCUCUGCCGCCCUUGCUCUCAAGGGUUGGCUCGGUCUCUACACAGAGGCAGCUCUUGGGAUUCCAGCAAUGGACCCACGGCAGGGGUGCCAUGAGCUGGGGAGGAACGGGGGGACCCGGAUGUGUGAAACGUGUACAUUUUCAAAGGAAGACGAGGAAGGUCGUUUGGGUUCGGGGUUGGCCUUGGAAGGAAGGGCUGACACCCACCUCCUGGAUUUGGGUUACGGGAGCCUCCUGCCCACCAGGAAGGCAGGGAACCUAGGAAAGGAGGGAGGAAGCUGCUGGGUCCCAACAAAGGCCAGAGAAGCGUGGCCCUCUGCUUGGAGAUGUCUGCUUGAAGUCAACAUUGCGAGGAAGCCAAAUGUGUAUGUUCAUCUCUUAUUAAAACACGUUGGCCCUA